GAGGAGGAGGAGGAGGAGGAGGAGGAGGAGGGAUAGCAGCAACAAUUGAAGGAGUAGGAGGAGGAAGAUCUGAUGCAAGUGGAGGAAAUAUGCAAGGAGGAGGAGGAGGAGUUUAUGUAGGAGGCAUAGAUGGAGGAUUAGGAAGAGGAAGAGAUGACACAAAGAAUGCAAAAGGAAGCACUGGAGUUGUGGAAGGCAGAGGAGCAAGAGGAGGGAGAGGAAGAGGAGUGAGGAGGGAACGGACACACAGCACUCGCCUGCAGAGGAUGAGUGAGACAGAGGAGCAGGUUGUGUGGACCAGACCCCAGCACAUUAUUACCAAGAAAGGUACCUCAGGCCAGGGCAUUCUGCUUCGGACUAACUACUACCCAGAGGCCAGACCGGACUGGUGCCUGUGUGCUUACCAUGUCUCUUUCAACCCCGAGGAGACACGCACCCCAGUCAAGAAGCUUUUACUACGCCAGCAUUGUGGUGUUCUCGGUCACUACAUCUUUGACGGAGCUCAGAUGUUCCUCUCCCACAAGCUGAUCCGAGAUCCCACUGAGUUGGCUUCCCGGCGCCCUGACAAUGGUUCACCCUACACCCUCAAGAUCAAGUUCAUUCGAGAGAUUCCCCCGUCAGACACUCAGUUCUUGCAGAUCUUCUCCAUACUUCUACGUCGCUGCUAUGAGUACCUGGGCCUCACUAAGAUUGGGAAGCAUUACUAUGAUGCCAAGAGAGAGAUUCAGAACCCCAAGCACCAGGUGGCAAUCUGGCCUGGACAAAUCUCCAGCAUCAGGCAACAUGAGCACCAGAUCCUCCUGAUGACUGACGUGAUACACAAGUUCCUGCGGCUGGACACUGUGUAUACCCUCCUCCGCCUGCACACCACCCACCCCAACAACCUGAAGUGGGCAGCUGAGCGGGAGGUGGUAGGCAUGGUGGUGAUGACGAGGUACAACCAGCGCACCUACACCAUCCAUGAGAUUGCCUGGGACCUCACCUGUCUGGGGAAAUUCAACUAUCAAGGCAGCCAGAUCACCUACCUUGACUACUAUCAGAAAGAGUACCAGGUGACAGUGCGCGACCCCCACCAGCCACUCCUCCUCUCACGCCCUAGGAAGCGAGACCAGCGGAGGGGACAGAAGGGCAACAUCUACCUCAUCCCAGAGCUGUGCGUGGCUACUGGAGUGUCCCAAGCCAUGCGGUCCGACCCUCGCCUCAUGCAGGACCUGGCUGCCUCCACACGCCUUGGUCCUGAUCAGAGGGUGCAGGCGCUGACGAAGUUCAACACUACUCUGUUUACUAAUGAGAAGGUGAAGACUGAGUUGGACCAGUGGGGCCUGAGCUUCUCCCAGGAGUUAGCACAGGUCCGGGGACGCAUCCUGCCAGGGGAGGUGCUGACCCAGGCCCACCACUCCUUCACCUACACUGGAAGUGAUGGAGAUUGGGCCAGGGAGGUGAAAGAUGUGCCUCUCAGUGUGUGCAGGGAGGUAGGGCGCUGGGUCCUGGUGUUCCCCUCCCGGCAGCGUAAAGAGGCAGAGGAGCUGGUGGCAGGGUUGAGGAAGGUGACACCCACGCUGGGGAUGGUGAUGCCACAGCCUGCCAUGGAGAUGGUGCAAGGUGAUGGGCCACAGGACUACAUCAAGGCAUUGGGGAAGCACAUGGGGGUGGGCCUGGUGGUGUGUGUGGUGCCAAACUCUCGGCUGGAUCGCUACGUGGCUGUUAAGAGGCAUGUGUGUAUGGUGAUGGCCGCUCCCUCCCAGAUGGUGCUGGCCAAAAGUCUGCAGCACAAGGGCCGCCUGCUGGCCAUUGUGACACGCGUGGCUAUCCAGAUCAACUGUAAGCUGGGAGGGGAAGCCUGGUCUGUGCAGAUGCCACUCAGGAACACAAUGGUGGUAGGAUACGAUGCUUACCAUGAGGGAGGCCGGCGUGGAGGGGCAUCAUGGGCUGUGGUGGCUUCCUACAACCAGAACCUCACUCGCUACUUUGGCCAGGUGACUCGCCACGCCUCACACCAAGAACUGGCCAACAACUUCAGUGCUGCCGUCACCACUGCUUUGGGCCACUAUGCUCGGGUCAACGGGUGCCUGCCGGAGCGAGUGUUGGUGUACAGGGACGGUGUGGGGGAUGGACAGCUCAACUACGUCAGAGACACAGAAGUUGCUGCCAUAAGGGAGUGCUUUGCUGCGUUCAAUUUCAACCCGGGCUUCAGCUUUGUGGUGGUGAGCAAGAGGAUCCACUCGCGCUUGUUUGCUGAGGGUGCCACCACUGGCCGCCCUGUCAACCCCCCGCCAGGCACUGUGUGUGAUGACGUUAUCACCCUGCCAGAGAGGUACGACUUUUUCCUGGUGAGUCAAAGGGUUACCGAGGGCACCGUCACCCCCACCUCCUAUAACAUCCUUGUGGACCACAACACAAACCUGGACCCUGACAGACACCAGCGCCUCGCCUACAAGCUCUCCUUCCUCUACUACAACUGGAUGGGCCCAGUGAGAGUGCCAGCACCUUGUCUAUACGCCCACAAGUUGGCCUCCAUCACUGGUCAAGCUAUCCAUGACUCACCACCACCCAGCCUGGCAGACAAGCUGUGGUACUUGUAGGGCAGCUGUGGCAUGUCUGUGGCUGUGGUGGCUGCCUCUUCUGGCUGGCUACAUCACUGUGUUCAUCUACAGUAGUUGUAUUAAAAUAUCUCAGGCUCAAGAUGUCUGGUGGGGUCAAGUGAAAGUACAUGUAUGUAGUAGUAAAUGCCUAAAGGCGGGUUUACACCUGGCCUGAAGGCUGAAGGAAGAGGGCUAAGGCAGUGUGUGUGUGUGUGUGUGUGUGUGUGUGUGUGUGAACUUUAAUUGAGAUUAAUGAGUGAGGAUUCAGCACCAUUAGUAGGAAAAAAAAAAAAAAAAAAACGCUUGAGAAUCUUGACUAAUCAUCUUUGUGAUCUUUGAAAGAUAGAACAAAAUAUAUUGAAUACACAUCACAUAAAGAAAAUAACAUGUACUGUCCUGUUGGCUACAGAAAUAAAACUCAAACUUUA